CAUUCAUCUCGACUCCCAGUUUCAGCUGCGCGACACUACGUCAUCAAUUUCGGCACCAGGCGUUUCCGUAUAGUCUCUCCCAAUUAAAAUGCACAACUUUAGCUAGCUAGAAGUUAGCUGGGUAUAUCAGUCGUUUCUGAAUUUGAAGUUGAGUAUUUCAUUUAGCUAAACAUUAUUGUGUGCACCAGCACCGUGAAAGGGGAACGUCUCACGUGCUUACAAUGACCACACUGCUGAAUUUUAAAUAGCCAUGUGGUUCUUUAGCAGCUAAACUAGCUAGCUAACGUUACCUACCUAGCCGGUAGUUGUGUUUCAGUAUAAUUCAAAGGGCUGUUACUCGUGCAAACAUCGACACUUGUUUGUGAUGGACUGCACAGAGGAUGAAGAAAUGGAGACAAGUGAUGAAGAGCAAGGUAGCCUGGGGUAGGGAGGAUCUGAUAAAGCUCCUGCAUGGUAUCAAAGAAAACAUCCCCAAAGGUGACACGAGUAUAUACACUAAAGGGGAGAGGACACUGGAGUGGGACAAGGUGGCUUUCCAUCCCUACUCUCCACAGAUGUGUCAUCAGAAGUGGAAGGAGCUAUCAAUAAAGCUGCGCAAGAUGCGUUCUCUAGCAGAGCUGGUCACUGAAGCUGAGGGUGCCUUUGAAAACCCUUUCCAGGGCCAGAACUGGAAGAUACACCCUGACUUCCCAAGGAGACCUAACCCGCCAAACAGCAUCUUCUCCAAAGAGAACUUUAAAAGGUUUGAGAAGCAGCAGCCUGAGAUGAUGGCCUCUGAGCUCUUUACGUUCAUCAAUGAGAAGUAUAGUGAGCUCCCAGAGCACAAGAAGGCAAUAUACAUUGCGAAAUUCCAGAAAGAGAAGGAACUGUAUGAGAAAAGCAUGAGGAGGUUGAGGAAAGAGUACACUGGGGUGAAGAAGGUACGGAGAGACUGUUUAAAGAACAUAAAAGGGCCCCUCACACCCCACGGGCUGUGGUACCGCCACGAGAGGAGGAAAUUCCUUCUAGCCAACCCAGAUGCCAGAGGAGACUGUAUCAGGCAGAGUAUUGAGCAGAAAAAGCGCUGGUCCGAGCUGCCCGACAAGGAGAAACUCAAGUGGAUCAAGCGCUCUCUUGAGCAGCAGACACAGUAUGAGGAGGAGGAGAUGGAGGAGCACCCAGAGAGUAAGGGCAGUCGGAAGGCCAAGCAUAAGCCGCUUCUGCGCAAGAGUGAGAGACUGUUGAAGGACUUGGCAGACGGCAAGCCUGACAAACCCCCAUGGAACGGUUACAACCUUUUCUGUAAGGAGCAGAAAGCCAUCAUACAGGGAGAGGGAGUCCCUAACACCCAGUAUAUGGUAAUUUGCUCCCAGCGCUGGAAAACAAUGACAAAGAGUAAAAAGGAAGCCUACCAAAGACGCUGUGACAAGUUGAAGAAAGAAUACGAGGUCAACAUGAACCGAUUUUUGUGUACUGUGACAGAUAAGGAGCAGCAGCGCAUCCUAGUGGAGAACAGGAAAAGCGUGCAGACCUCAACGUUGGCUGCCCAAAAGGGGACGAAAAUUAAGUUUCAAGGCGAGCCCAAGAAACCACCUGAGUGGGGUCACACAAUGUUCUACAGCGAGAAGAUGGCGGAGCUGAGAGCCGAGUCGAGCCACCUCAGCUCCAGGGAGUGCAUGGCCGUGGUCAGCCCACUGUGGAAGAAGCUGUCCCAGAAGGAAAAGGAGUGCUACCAGAGAAUGGCCCAGGAGAGGACCAGGGAGUACCAAGUAGAGCUACACAGCUGGUUUAAUACCAUGUUCCCAAAGGAACAGGCAAAGUACUUGGAGCAAAACCCAAAUAAAUUGAAAAUCCUCGACAACCCAGAGCAGGGAAGGAUGGCAAAGCAGGGCAGAACAUCAGACUCCGAGGACGAAGACCUGGAGGACGACAUCGACACAUCCAGUGAUGAAGAGGAGGUAGAAGAUGACUCUGAUGAUGAGGAGGAGGAUGAUGAUGAAGAUAUGACAGACAAGGAGAAUUGUUCAGGGAGCUCCAGUAGUAGCUCCAGUUCCGAAGAGGACUCCGAUACGGAAUGAUUCACGCUGUCCAUAACCUAAUGACUGAAUUAAUGUCAUGGGGUUAUGGACGGCAGGUAGCUUAGUGGUUAAGAGCGUUGUGCCAGUAACCGAAAGGUCGCUGGUUCUAAACCCCGAGCCGAC